AUGGUCGACUCUCUAUUGUUCUCGUCCACCAAUAUCUGGGUGACAGUCAUUCUGGGUACGGUCGCCAUACUUCUCUAUAUUGUGGGAGUAUUGGUCUAUCAAAUACUUUUUCAUCCUCUGGCGAAGUAUCCUGGCCCAUGGCUAGCAAAAUUGACAAACCUUUAUGCUGGCUAUCACUCUUGGAAGGGGGACCUUCACAUAGAUAUGUGGGAUGUCCACAAUAAGUACGAUAUAUAUGGCCACGGUAAAAGCUUUAAAAAGGCUCAAAGAUACGGAGCCAUGGUGCACCGUGCCCCAAACACAUUGACUGUAAUCGACAAAAUGAAGCAUGGCAAGAAGAGACGGAUUAUCAGCCAGGGGUUUUCCGACGCAGCGCUCAAGGAUCAUGAAGUUGUCAUCCUUGAGCAAGUGCAGCACUUGUGUACGCAACUGAAAGGGGGUAAACAAGGUGAAGAGACGCCAAUAGGUUUAUGGUCCCCUCCAAAAGACAUGGCACGGCUCAGUAUGUUCAUCUCCGCAUCAGUGACGAGUCUCUGGCUAACUAGGAGGGGGACAGAUGACUAUUUUGCCUUUGAUGUAAUGAGUAAUAUUAUAUUUGGAGUGCCUUGGUCUACUUUACGCAGCCCGACAUAUCGUUUCGUACCAGAAGUUAUUGAGAAGUCGAAUAUCCGAGUCGGCACUUUAUCGCAGGCUCCCGAGAUGAGUUUCCUGAGAUUGGAUAAGGUCAUUUUCCCCGAAGCCAUUCGAGCCAGAGACAUAUUCGUUCAAUUUGUAGAUGAGAUGCUUCGCCAGGGAACUAAGCAUGCCGCCAAAACUGGUCGGGGCGUCUUUGCGAUUUUGUCGAAAUCAAACGACCCUGAGACUGGCCAACCGUUAAAGAUGCGAGAACUGGGCGGUGAAAGUGCUACUCUCAUUGUUGCUGGUACCGAUACUACGUCCACGGCCCUUGCUGCAUGUUUAUUCUACCUCUCCCACUACCGCUCCUCGUGUGAUCGUGCUACAGCAGAGGUUCGGGCGGUCUUUGAGUCAUCUGAGGAUAUCAGAAUGGGCCCAUUGAUGAGCAAGUGUGUCUUUCUACGCGCUUGCAUCGAUGAGAGUAUGCGAAUGUCUCCGCCUGCAGCGAGCUCCCUAUGGCGUGAAUCCGAGGAGACAGGUGCAACUGUCGAUGGAGAGUACAUCCCUCCCGGUAUAGAUGUUGGGACUUGCAUUUAUAGUAUCCAUCAUAACCCCCUGUAUUACCCUCGCCCGUUCUCUUUCCGGCCGGAGCGUUGGCUCAGCACCGACACUAAUGAAGGGCAGGUUGACAUACGGCUGGCGCGGUCCGCUUUCAAUCCAUUUUCAAUUGGCCCGCGGAGCUGCAUUGGCAAAAGCCUUGCAUAUGUCGAGCUUCAACUUGUGUUGGCUCACAUAUUAUGGAGGUUCGACAUUCGCCUGGCUUCAGGGGAGUUGGGGAAAACGGGAGAAGGCAAAGAAGGAGCUGAGUUUGGACGUCACCGUAUAGAUGAAUACCAAUUGUGGGAUCAUUUAACGGCUGCAAAACAUGGGCCUUUUCUCGAGUUCAGCCCCAGAGAGUAG